AUGUUUACAAAACCCAUUCAAGAUUCAGAAACAGCUACAGAAGUUAGUUAUGAAAUUUCUCGAAUGAUAGCAAAGCGAAGUCGCCCCUUCAAUGAUGGAGAUUUUGUAAAAGAAUGCAUAGAAAUUGUCGCUAAGAAAAUGUGUCCAGAAGCAGCAAAAAAGUUUAAGAAAAUUCAACUGAAUCGUAUGACUAUCCAAAGACGAAUAAUGUCUUUGUCAGGUAAUAUUGCGGAACAAUUAAAUGAAAAAACUGAGAUCAUUGAAUUUUUUUCAUUAGCACUCGACGAAUCCACUUAUAUUAGUUCCACAGCUCAACUUCUGAUAUUCAUACGAGGUGUUACUCAAGAUUUUGAAGUCUUAGAAGAGUUAUUAGGAAUGUGUUCAUUGAAAGGUCAAACCAGAGGAGUUGAUAUACUCAAUGUACUUUUGGAUGAGUGUUCAAAAACUGAUUUGGACUUAUCAAAAUUAUCGGGAGUUGCGACUGACGGUGCCCCUUCGAUGAUUGGUGUCAAUUCUGGGCUAGUUACUUUGCUGAAAAAGCAUCUGCAAGAAAAAAACAUAAACUCUGAAGAUCUCAUGCAUUUUCACUGCAUUAUACUCCAAGAAGCCCUCUGUUCUAAAAAAAUUGAAUUUCAAAAAGUCAUGAAAGUGGUAGUUUCGAAAAUCACGAGGACUCAAUCACAGGCAAUUCAAACAAUUCCUUGA